GUGGUGAUGAGGGGGAUGAAGGAGGGGGUGUCAUUUUCUUUUUCUUUCUUUUUUUUAAAAAAGUAUUUCUCUCGCGAGAAACCGCUGCGCGGACGAUACUUGAAGAGGUGGGGAAAGGAGGGGGCCGCGGGAGCCGCGGCAGAGACAGUGGGUGCCACAAGCGGACAGGCGGCCACAGCUGGGACAGCUGCGAGCGGAGCGGAGCAGUGGCUGUAGCGGCCACGACUGGGAGCAGCCGCCGCCGCCUCCUCGGGAGUCGGAGCCGCCGCUUCUCCACUGGCAGGGGCCGCCUGAAGUGGGAGCAGCGCCUGGAGAAGGCGGGAGGAGCCCGGCCCGGGGGACGGGCGGCGGGAGAGCGGGACCCCGGCGGCGCGGUGCGCUUCAGGGCGCAGCGGCGGCCGCAGACCGAGCCCCGGGCGCGGCAGGAGGCGGCGGGAGCCGGCGGCGGCUCGGCAUCAUGCGUCGAGGGGGCCUGCUGGAGAUCUUCCUGGGAUUUACCGUGCUUUUAGCGUCCUACACGAGUCAUGGGGCGGACACCAAUUUGGAGGCUGGGAACGUGAAGGAAACCAGAGCCAGUCGGGCCAAGAGAAGAGGCGGCGGAGGACACGACGCGCUUAAAGGACCCAAUGUCUGUGGAUCACGUUAUAAUGCUUACUGUUGCCCUGGAUGGAAAACCUUACCUGGCGGAAAUCAGUGUAUUGUCCCCAUUUGCCGGCAUUCCUGUGGGGAUGGAUUUUGUUCGAGGCCAAAUAUGUGCACUUGCCCAUCUGGUCAGAUAGCUCCUUCCUGUGGCUCCAGAUCCAUACAACACUGCAAUAUUCGCUGUAUGAAUGGAGGUAGCUGCAGUGACGAUCACUGUCUCUGCCAGAAAGGAUACAUAGGGACUCACUGUGGACAACCUGUUUGUGAAAGUGGCUGUCUCAAUGGAGGAAGGUGUGUGGCCCCGAAUCGAUGUGCCUGCACUUACGGAUUUACUGGACCCCAGUGUGAAAGAGAUUACAGGACAGGCCCAUGUUUUACUGUGAUCAGCAACCAGAUGUGCCAGGGACAACUCAGCGGGAUUGUCUGCACAAAAACGCUCUGCUGUGCCACAGUCGGCCGAGCCUGGGGCCACCCCUGUGAGAUGUGUCCUGCCCAGCCUCACCCCUGCCGCCGUGGCUUCAUUCCAAAUAUCCGCACGGGAGCUUGUCAAGAUGUGGACGAAUGCCAGGCCAUCCCCGGGCUCUGUCAGGGAGGAAAUUGCAUUAAUACUGUUGGGUCUUUUGAGUGUAAAUGCCCUGCUGGACACAAAUUUAAUGAAGUGUCACAAAAAUGUGAAGAUAUUGAUGAAUGCAGCACCAUUCCUGGGAUCUGUGAUGGGGGCGAAUGUACAAACACAGUCAGCAGUUACUUUUGCAAAUGUCCUCCUGGUUUUUACACCUCUCCAGAUGGUACCAGAUGCAUAGAUGUUCGCCCAGGAUACUGUUACACAGCUCUGACAAACGGACGCUGCUCUAACCAGCUGCCACAGUCCAUAACCAAAAUGCAGUGCUGCUGUGAUGCCGGCCGAUGCUGGUCUCCAGGGGUCACUGUCGCCCCUGAGAUGUGUCCCAUCAGAGCAACCGAGGAUUUCAACAAGCUGUGCUCUGUUCCUAUGGUAAUUCCUGGGAGACCAGAAUAUCCUCCCCCACCCCUUGGCCCCAUUCCUCCAGUUCUCCCUGUUCCUCCUGGCUUUCCUCCUGGACCUCAAAUUCCGGUCCCUCGACCACCAGUGGAAUAUCCAUAUCCAUCUCGGGAACCACCAAGGGUGCUGCCAGUCAACGUCACUGAUUACUGCCAGUUGGUCCGCUAUCUCUGUCAAAAUGGACGCUGCAUUCCAACUCCUGGGAGUUACCGGUGUGAGUGCAACAAAGGGUUCCAGCUGGACCUCCGUGGGGAGUGUAUUGAUGUUGAUGAAUGUGAGAAAAACCCCUGUGCUGGUGGCGAGUGUAUCAACAACCAGGGUUCGUACACUUGUCAGUGCCGAGCUGGAUAUCAGAGCACACUCACACGGACAGAAUGCCGAGACAUUGAUGAGUGUUUACAGAAUGGCCGGAUCUGCAAUAACGGACGCUGCAUCAACACAGAUGGCAGUUUUCAUUGCGUGUGUAAUGCAGGCUUUCAUGUUACACGAGAUGGGAAGAACUGUGAAGAUAUGGAUGAAUGCAGCAUAAGGAACAUGUGCCUUAAUGGAAUGUGUAUCAAUGAAGAUGGCAGUUUUAAAUGUAUUUGCAAACCUGGAUUCCAGCUGGCAUCAGAUGGGCGUUAUUGCAAAGACAUUAACGAGUGUGAAACCCCUGGGAUCUGCAUGAAUGGGCGUUGCGUCAACACUGACGGCUCCUACAGAUGUGAAUGCUUCCCUGGACUGGCUGUGGGUCUGGAUGGACGUGUGUGUGUUGACACGCACAUGCGGAGUACAUGCUAUGGUGGAUACAAGAGAGGCCAGUGUAUCAAACCUUUGUUUGGUGCUGUCACGAAAUCUGAAUGCUGUUGUGCCAGCACUGAGUAUGCAUUUGGGGAACCUUGCCAGCCGUGUCCUGCACAGAAUUCAGCGGAAUAUCAGGCGCUCUGCAGCAGCGGGCCGGGAAUGACGUCAGCAGGCAGUGAUAUAAAUGAAUGUGCACUAGAUCCUGAUAUUUGCCCAAAUGGAAUCUGUGAAAACCUUCGUGGGACCUAUAAAUGUAUAUGCAAUUCAGGAUAUGAAGUGGAUUCGACUGGGAAGAACUGUGUUGAUAUUAACGAAUGUGUACUGAACAGUCUCCUUUGUGACAAUGGACAAUGUAGAAAUACUCCUGGAAGUUUUGUCUGUACCUGCCCCAAAGGAUUUAUCUACAAACCUGACCUAAAAACGUGUGAAGACAUUGAUGAAUGCGAAUCAAGUCCUUGCAUUAAUGGAGUCUGCAAGAACAGCCCAGGUUCUUUUAUUUGUGAAUGUUCUUCUGAAAGUACUUUGGAUCCAACAAAAACCAUCUGCAUAGAAACCAUCAAGGGAACUUGCUGGCAGACUGUCAUCGAUGGGCGGUGUGAGAUCAACAUCAAUGGAGCCACCUUAAAGUCCCAGUGCUGCUCCUCCCUCGGUGCUGCGUGGGGAAGCCCGUGCACCCUAUGCCAAGUUGAUCCCAUAUGUGGUAAAGGGUACUCAAGAAUUAAAGGAACACAGUGUGAAGAUAUAGAUGAAUGUGAAGUGUUCCCAGGAGUGUGCAAAAAUGGCCUGUGUGUUAACACUAGGGGGUCAUUCAAGUGUCAGUGUCCCAGUGGAAUGACUUUGGAUGCCACAGGAAGGAUCUGUCUUGAUAUCCGCCUGGAAACCUGCUUCCUGAGGUAUGAGGACGAGGAGUGCACCCUGCCUAUUGCUGGCCGCCACCGCAUGGAUGCCUGCUGCUGCUCCGUUGGGGCAGCCUGGGGUACUGAGGAAUGCGAGGAGUGUCCCAUGAGAAAUACUCCUGAGUACGAGGAGCUGUGUCCCAGAGGACCCGGAUUUGCCACAAAAGAAAUUACAAAUGGAAAGCCUUUCUUCAAAGAUAUCAAUGAGUGCAAGAUGAUUCCCAGCCUCUGCACCCAUGGCAAGUGCAGAAACACCAUCGGCAGCUUUAAGUGCAGGUGUGACAGCGGCUUUGCUCUGGAUUCCGAAGAAAGGAACUGCACAGACAUUGACGAAUGCCGCAUAUCUCCUGACCUCUGUGGCAGAGGCCAGUGUGUGAACACCCCUGGUGACUUCGAAUGCAAGUGUGACGAAGGCUAUGAAAGUGGAUUCAUGAUGAUGAAGAACUGCAUGGAUAUCGAUGAGUGUCAGAGAGAUCCUCUCCUGUGCCGAGGUGGCGUUUGCCAUAACACAGAGGGAAGUUACCGCUGUGAAUGCCCGCCUGGCCAUCAGCUGUCCCCCAACAUCUCCGCAUGUAUCGACAUCAAUGAGUGUGAGCUGAGUGCGCACCUGUGCCCCAAUGGCCGCUGCGUGAACCUCAUAGGGAAGUAUCAGUGUACCUGCAACCCUGGCUACCAUUCAACUCCCGAUAGGCUAUUUUGUGUUGACAUUGAUGAAUGCAGCAUAAUGAAUGGUGGUUGUGAAACCUUCUGCACAAACUCUGAAGGCAGCUAUGAAUGUAGCUGUCAGCCGGGAUUUGCACUAAUGCCUGACCAGAGAUCAUGCACCGACAUCGAUGAGUGUGAAGAUAAUCCCAAUAUCUGUGAUGGUGGUCAGUGCACAAAUAUCCCUGGAGAGUACAGGUGCUUGUGUUAUGAUGGAUUCAUGGCAUCUGAAGACAUGAAGACUUGUGUCGAUGUCAAUGAGUGUGACCUGAAUCCAAAUAUCUGCCUAAGUGGAACCUGUGAAAACACGAAAGGCUCAUUUAUCUGCCACUGUGAUAUGGGCUAUUCUGGCAAAAAAGGAAAAACUGGCUGUACAGACAUCAAUGAAUGUGAAAUUGGAGCACACAACUGUGGCAGACAUGCUGUGUGUACCAACACAGCAGGAAGCUUCAAAUGCAGCUGCAGUCCUGGGUGGAUUGGAGAUGGCAUUAAGUGCACUGAUCUGGACGAAUGUUCCAAUGGAACCCAUAUGUGCAGCCAGCAUGCAGACUGCAAGAAUACCAUGGGAUCUUACCGCUGUCUGUGCAAGGAAGGAUACACAGGCGAUGGCUUCACUUGUACAGACCUUGAUGAGUGCUCUGAGAAUCUGAAUCUCUGUGGCAACGGCCAGUGCCUCAAUGCCCCGGGAGGAUACCGCUGUGAAUGCGACAUGGGCUUCGUGCCCAGUGCUGACGGGAAAGCCUGUGAAGAUAUUGAUGAGUGCUCCCUUCCAAACAUCUGUGUCUUUGGAACUUGCCACAACCUCCCAGGCCUGUUCCGCUGUGAGUGUGAGAUAGGCUACGAACUGGACAGAAGCGGCGGGAACUGCACAGAUGUUAAUGAAUGCCUGGAUCCAACCACGUGCAUCAGUGGAAACUGUGUCAACACUCCAGGCAGCUAUACCUGUGACUGCCCACCUGAUUUCGAACUGAACCCAACUCGAGUUGGCUGUGUUGACACCCGCUCUGGAAAUUGCUAUUUGGAUAUUCGACCUCGAGGAGACAAUGGAGAUACAGCCUGCAGCAAUGAAAUUGGAGUUGGUGUUUCUAAAGCUUCCUGCUGCUGUUCUCUGGGGAAAGCCUGGGGUACUCCUUGUGAGAUGUGCCCUGCUGUGAACACAUCCGAGUACAAAAUUCUUUGUCCUGGAGGGGAAGGUUUCCGACCAAAUCCUAUCACCGUUAUAUUGGAAGAUAUUGAUGAGUGCCAGGAGCUACCAGGGCUGUGCCAAGGAGGAAAAUGUAUCAACACCUUUGGGAGUUUCCAGUGCCGCUGUCCAACCGGCUACUACCUGAAUGAAGAUACACGAGUGUGUGAUGAUGUGAAUGAAUGUGAGACUCCUGGAAUCUGUGGUCCAGGGACAUGUUACAACACCGUUGGCAACUACACCUGUAUCUGUCCUCCAGACUACAUGCAAGUGAAUGGGGGAAAUAAUUGCAUGGAUAUGAGAAGAAGUUUGUGCUACAGAAACUACUAUGCUGACAACCAGACCUGUGAUGGAGAACUGUUAUUCAACAUGACCAAGAAGAUGUGCUGCUGUUCCUACAACAUUGGCCGGGCCUGGAAUAAGCCCUGUGAACAGUGUCCCAUCCCAAGUACAGAUGAGUUUGCUACACUCUGUGGAAGUCAAAGGCCAGGCUUUGUCAUCGACAUUUACACCGGUUUACCCGUUGAUAUUGAUGAGUGCCGGGAGAUCCCAGGGGUCUGUGAAAAUGGAGUGUGCAUCAACAUGGUUGGCAGCUUCCGAUGUGAAUGUCCAGUGGGAUUCUUCUAUAAUGACAAGUUGUUGGUUUGUGAAGAUAUUGACGAGUGUCAGAACGGCCCAGUGUGCCAGCGCAACGCCGAAUGCAUCAACACUGCAGGCAGCUACCGCUGUGACUGUAAGCCCGGCUACCGCUUCACCUCCACAGGACAGUGCAAUGAUCGCAAUGAAUGUCAGGAAAUCCCCAAUAUAUGCAGUCAUGGGCAGUGCAUUGACACAGUUGGAAGCUUUUAUUGCCUUUGCCACACUGGCUUUAAAACAAAUGCUGACCAAACCAUGUGCUUGGACAUAAAUGAGUGUGAAAGAGAUGCCUGUGGGAAUGGAACUUGCCGGAACACAAUCGGUUCCUUCAACUGCCGCUGCAAUCAUGGUUUCAUCCUUUCUCACAACAAUGACUGUAUAGAUGUCGAUGAAUGUGCAAGUGGAAACGGGAACCUUUGCCGAAAUGGCCAAUGCAUUAAUACAGUGGGGUCUUUCCAGUGCCAGUGCAAUGAAGGCUAUGAGGUGGCUCCAGAUGGGAGGACCUGUGUGGAUAUCAAUGAAUGUCUUCUAGAACCCAGAAAAUGUGCACCAGGUACCUGUCAAAACUUGGAUGGGUCCUACAGAUGCAUUUGCCCACCUGGAUACAGUCUUCAAGAUGACAAGUGUGAAGAUAUUGAUGAGUGUGUUGAAGAGCCAGAAAUUUGUGCCCUGGGCACAUGCAGUAACACUGAAGGCAGCUUCAAAUGUCUAUGUCCAGAAGGGUUUUCCUUGUCCUCCAGUGGAAGAAGGUGCCAAGAUUUGCGAAUGAGCUACUGUUACGCGAAGUUUGAAGGAGGAAAGUGUUCAUCACCCAAAUCCAGAAAUCACUCCAAACAGGAAUGCUGCUGCGCCCUGAAGGGAGAAGGCUGGGGGGACCCCUGCGAGCUCUGCCCCACGGAACCUGAUGAGGCCUUCCGCCAGAUCUGUCCUUAUGGAAGUGGGAUCAUCGUGGGACCUGAUGAUUCAGCAGUUGACAUGGACGAAUGCAAAGAACCCGAUGUCUGUAAACAUGGACAGUGCAUCAAUACAGAUGGCUCCUAUCGCUGCGAGUGUCCCUUUGGUUAUAUUCUAGCAGGGAACGAAUGUGUGGAUACUGAUGAAUGUUCUGUCGGCAAUCCUUGUGGAAAUGGAACCUGCAAGAAUGUGAUUGGAGGUUUUGAAUGCACCUGUGAGGAGGGAUUUGAGCCCGGUCCAAUGAUGACAUGUGAAGAUAUAAAUGAAUGUGCCCAGAAUCCUCUGCUCUGUGCCUUCCGAUGUGUGAACACUUACGGGUCAUAUGAAUGCAAAUGUCCCGUGGGAUAUGUGCUCAGAGAAGACCGUAGGAUGUGCAGAGACGAGGAUGAGUGUGAAGAGGGAAAACAUGACUGUACUGAAAAACAAAUGGAAUGCAAGAACCUCAUUGGCACAUACAUGUGCAUCUGUGGACCCGGGUAUCAGCGGAGACCUGAUGGAGAAGGCUGUGUAGAUGAGAAUGAAUGUCAGACGAAGCCAGGGAUCUGUGAGAAUGGGCGCUGCCUCAACACCCGUGGGAGCUACACCUGCGAGUGUAAUGACGGGUUUACCGCCAGCCCCAACCAGGACGAGUGCCUCGACAAUCGGGAAGGGUACUGCUUCACAGAGGUGCUACAAAACAUGUGUCAGAUCGGCUCCAGCAACAGGAACCCUGUCACCAAAUCUGAAUGCUGCUGUGAUGGAGGGAGAGGCUGGGGUCCCCACUGUGAGAUCUGCCCUUUCCAGGGGACUGUGGCUUUCAAGAAACUCUGUCCCCAUGGCCGAGGAUUCAUGACCAACGGAGCAGAUAUCGAUGAAUGCAAGGUUAUUCAUGAUGUUUGCCGAAAUGGGGAGUGUGUCAAUGACAGAGGAUCGUAUCAUUGCAUUUGUAAAACUGGGUACACUCCAGAUAUAACUGGGACUUCCUGUGUAGAUCUGAACGAGUGCAACCAGGCUCCCAAACCCUGCAAUUUUAUCUGCAAAAACACAGAAGGGAGUUACCAGUGUUCAUGCCCGAAAGGCUACAUUCUGCAAGAGGAUGGAAGGAGCUGCAAAGAUCUUGAUGAGUGUGCAACCAAGCAACACAACUGCCAGUUCCUGUGUGUUAACACCAUUGGCGGCUUCACAUGCAAAUGUCCUCCCGGAUUUACCCAGCACCAUACGGCCUGCAUUGAUAACAAUGAGUGCACCUCUGACAUCAAUCUGUGCGGGUCUAAGGGCAUUUGCCAGAACACUCCUGGAAGCUUCACCUGUGAAUGCCAGCGGGGAUUCUCACUUGAUCAGACCGGCUCCAGCUGUGAAGACGUGGACGAGUGCGAGGGUAACCACCGCUGCCAGCACGGCUGCCAGAACAUCAUCGGGGGCUACCGGUGCAGCUGCCCCCAGGGCUACCUCCAGCACUACCAGUGGAACCAGUGUGUUGAUGAAAACGAAUGCCUCAGCGCUCACAUCUGCGGAGGAGCCUCCUGUCACAACACCCUGGGGAGCUACAAGUGCAUGUGUCCCGCCGGCUUCCAGUAUGAACAGUUCAGUGGAGGAUGCCAAGACAUCAAUGAAUGUGGCUCUUCGCAGGCCCCCUGCAGCUAUGGCUGUUCCAACACCGAGGGCGGUUACCUGUGUGGCUGUCCACCUGGUUACUUCCGCAUAGGCCAAGGGCACUGUGUUUCUGGAAUGGGCAUGGGCCGAGGAAACCCAGAGCCACCUGUCAGUGGUGAAAUGGAUGACAAUUCACUCUCCCCAGAGGCUUGUUACGAGUGUAAGAUCAAUGGCUACCCCAAACGGGGCAGGAAACGGAGAAGCACAAACGAAACGGAUGCCUCCAAUAUCGAGGAUCAGUCUGAGACAGAAGCCAAUGUGAGUCUUGCAAGUUGGGAUGUUGAGAAGAUGGCCAUCUUCGCUUUCAAUAUUUCCCACAUCAGUAACAAGGUUCGAAUCCUAGAACUCCUUCCAGCUCUUACAACUCUGACGAAUCACAACAGAUACUUGAUCGAAUCUGGAAAUGAAGAUGGCUUCUUUAAAAUCAACCAAAAGGAAGGGAUCAGCUACCUCCACUUCACAAAGAAGAAGCCAGUGGCUGGAACCUAUUCAUUACAAAUCAGUAGUACUCCACUUUAUAAAAAGAAAGAACUUAACCAACUAGAAGACAAAUAUGACAAAGACUACCUCAGUGGUGAACUGGGUGAUAAUCUGAAGAUGAAAAUCCAGGUUUUGCUUCAUUAAUUCACCAUCCAGAGACCAAAUAAUUAAAAGAAAAACAAAUAUAGAUAGGUAGAACUAUAUUUUCCCCCAAUCAGAAUCAUCAUAUCAUAGGUACAAUCUUUCACCAAGUAAAUUUGUAUAAAUAAGCACUAUUCUUGUAUUACCAAAGCAAGGUACAGGUGACUACCCUAGUUCAAAACAACCACUUUCUCAGGCUUCUCGUGUGUGUAGCUAAGCUACCUUGUCAUAUGUGUUGAUUCUUGAAAACUGGGACAUGUAUUUCCAUUGGGGGUUGGCCAUUUAUGCUGACACGCCAUCCUUCCACAAACAUACAGGAAUGUGCUUUCAAUUGAUGGACUACUCUGUUUUUUGCAAAUUUGUAAACUUUGCUUCUCCAAAUACCAGUACUAGGUUGGCCAUUUAUGAUACCUAUUUGGUGCUAGUAAAUUUUCAAACUAGAUUUAUAAAUGCACUGUAAUAUUUACACAACUUAGAAACCAAAUUACAAGUAUUCAGUUCCAAUACUUCAUUAAUUUCAAUCAACCAAAGUUAGUUCAGUAGCUUAUCUCAGUUAUGAGUAUAAUACAUUACAUGUAAAUUAAGUGUGUGUAUACUGUAAUCGUGCUAUUUUUUAUCAUUGAAACAUUUAUAAACUAGAAUAAUAAUGCCCUUAAUGUGAGGGUUUGUAAUGGUGCUUAUUAAGACCAAAGACUUGUUAAAUGUAUACACCAAAUGGUAAUGAAAUUUCUGUGACUGGCCCACGCGUGCAUAGAGGUCUGGGAGGACCAGGAAACAGCCUCAGUGGCCAGAGGAUCACCAGUGCAUCCUUCAUCACAGCAUGUGCAAUAUGCCAAGAUUACCCUCGGUCAUUCCUGUCAACAAGGGGUCAAUGUCAUAAAUGUCACAAUAAAACAAUCUCUUCUUUUUUUUAGUUUACCCCUUGGCUUUGUGUUCUUGCAUGGAUUUGGGGUUGGAGGGGCCAUUCUGGAUGCUAAAUAAAGUCUCCUGGAUUUAAAUUA